UCAUUGCAUUUGCUUGUGUAAAUUUAAUGUGCAAAGCACGUAUGAACAUAAAUCAGAACUUAUUGAAUGAUACUUGAUGACGUUAAAGCUUACGUAAUAUUGCCACGGCAAAAUGAAAUAUUAUCGUCGAUCUUUCAACAAGAUAAAGCCAUUUCAGCUACGCUUUACAUUCAAAGAGAAAACAGAAGUAAUAUGGCUGAUCAAACAGAAAACAUUCUGGUAACGGGAGGUGCUGGUUAUAUUGGUUCACAUACGGUUUUGGAACUACUUAAUGCUGACUUUCAGGUGGUGGUUAUUGACAACCUUAGUAACGCUUUUCAAGGAAAAAGUAGUGUAAAGCCUGAAAGUAUUUCUAGAAUAGAAAAAUUAACAAAUAAACAAGUCACAUUUAUUUAUUGUGAUAUUUUAAAUAAGAAACUGUUAAGUGAUAUUUUUCAGAAGCACAAAUUCUUCUGUGUUAUACAUUUUGCUGCCUUGAAAGCAGUGGGCGAAUCGUGCACAAUACCAUUAGAGUAUUAUAAAAUAAAUCUUGGAGGAACGUUAAAUCUUUUAGAAGUCAUGAGAGAAAACAAUGUUAAAAGAUUUAUCUAUUCAAGCAGUGCUACAGUAUAUGGUGUACCUGAACAACUGCCUUUGACUGAAAAUAUGGAAACUGGAAAUUGCACAAAUCCAUAUGGAAAGACUAAAUUUAUGGUGGAAGAAAUUUUAAAGGACCUUUGUAAUUCGGAUAAGAAUUGGUCCGUUAUAUCAUUAAGAUACUUUAAUCCAGUUGGAGCACAUCCAUCUGGAGAAAUUGGAGAAGACCCAAGUGGUAUUCCAAACAAUUUAAUGCCUUACAUUGCCCAAGUUUCUGUAGGAAAGAGAGAUUUCCUUUCUAUUUAUGGCGAUGACUACGAUACUAUAGAUGGAACUGGAGUACGAGAUUACAUUCAUAUUGUCGAUUUAGCAUCUGGUCAUGUUAAAGCCUUGAUUUAUCAAAAAAAUGAAAAUCCUCUUUGUUUCAAGGCUAUUAAUCUCGGAAGUGGCAAAGGCUAUUCAGUUUUUGAAGUAAUACAUGCCUUUGAAAAAGCUUCUAAAAAACAAAUUCCGUAUAAAAUAGUUAAACGAAGACCGGGUGAUAUAGCAGAAAGUUAUGCUGAUGCAACUUUAGCAAAAGAUUUAUUAAAUUGGGUCGCCGAAAAAAAUAUUGACGAUAUGUGUGCUGAUACAUGGAAAUGGCAAAUGAAACAUCCUAAUGGUUACAUUAAUUGAUAACAGCCAAAGAACUAUAUUCACUACGUAGAAAAAAAUUUAUUAAAUUUGCAUUAUUAAUUAUACGUUAAUUUUAAUGGUUGUUAAAUAUUUUUACAAAUAGUUAGUUGGUAAUACCGUUGGUGGUUUAAAGUUACCAAAGUUAAACCAAAUUUAAAAACAAUUCUUUUAAUAUUAUAUAACUGUUGAUUAUGCCAAUAGGAGCAAAUUUAUGUUUCGGAUCUUGUAUUUUAUCUAUAUACAUACACGAUUACUUGGAUGCAUUAUCGAUAUGCAAUAAUGGUUUAUG